CAGGGAAUGAAUUGACACUCGACAAGAGUUCUUCGCUAGUGCUUGCUUUCUUUUUAGUUUUCUACUCCGGGAAAAGGCAGUUGAGAACUUCCCCGCAGAUAUGAUUCUUAUAGGGAGAAUGAGAGCUUUCUUCCAAUUCUGGGGGCUUCUGCUAUGGGCGAGAUACCAGCUCGUUUUAUCACAAGACUAUGAGGAACGUGGGGACGGACAUUUGGUUAGAAGACAAAAAAUUAAGUAUCUCUCAUCGAACGCACCAGGAGAAAACGAACAAGAGGAGGAUUGCAAUUUGGAGAUUGCCUUCCUGUUGGACAGUUCGGAAAGUGCUAAGGAUUUCAACCACAACCGGGAGAAGAGCUUUGUGCUGGAUUUUGUGGAUAGGCUGCAGCAGCUGAGGGUGUCAAGUGGUCGUCAGCUGGUGCCCAGAGUGGCACUCCUGCAGUACAGCAGCACGGUGCUCAUUGAGCAAACCUUCCGUGACUGGAGUGGCCCGGCAGCCUUCAGGACCCGUGUCGCUCCGAUUGGCUACAUUGGGCAUGGCACCUACACCACAUAUGCCAUCACCAACCUGACACAGCUCUACCUGAACGAGGCAGUCCCUGGCAGUGUCCGAGUAGCUGUGCUCAUGACCGAUGGUGUGGACCACCCAAGAAACCCAGAUAUCUACGCGGCUACGACUGAGGCCAAGAACCAAGGCAUCAAGUUCUUCACGGUGGGCAUGUCACCUGUGGCCAACGAGCCACCCAAUGCAGCCAAACUGCGCCUUCUAGCCAGUCCGCCUGCUUCCCGCUUUGUGCACAACCUUCAAGACAGCAGUGCCCUGGGCAAACUCCUCCUGGAGGUGGCAGAAUUGGCUGAUGAAGGGUGUCCCAAAAUACCAAAAUGCAUCUGUGAAAAAGGAGAAAGAGGUCCACCAGGUUCUCCUGGGAAGAAAGGACGCCCUGGUGAUGAUGGUGCUCCAGGACUAAAAGGACAAAAGGGGGAAGCAGGUCUGAGUGGAAUCCCAGGAAGGGACGGAGUGGAGGGAAGAGCUGGAUACAAAGGUGAACAGGGUGAAAGAGGUGAAUGUGGGCUUCCAGGGACAAAAGGUGACAGGGGACCAGAAGGCCCAGUGGGUCCAAGGGGACUGAGAGGCGUACAGGGUUACCCUGGAUCCCCUGGGGACCAAGGACCAGCAGGCUUCCAAGGAAGGAAGGGUGAACGUGGACUUCCUGGACCACCUGGACUAACUGGUGAAACUGGAAUAGGCUUUCCUGGCCCAAAGGGUAAUAUUGGUUUUGUAGGAAGACCAGGGCCUAUUGGCCCACCUGGGAUUGGUGAACCUGGACUACCAGGUCCUCCAGGGCCUCAAGGUCUUCAAGGAGAUAGAGGUUUACCUGGAGAAGGUUGGCCAGGAGUGAAGGGUGAUCGUGGAUAUGAAGGGCCAAAAGGACCUCGUGGAGCUCCAGGUAUUGGUGUUAAAGGUGAUAAGGGUGAAAUUGGUUUUCCUGGAUUACCUGGGCCUAUUGGACCAUCCGGAAUUGGAUUCCAAGGUGAAAAGGGAGAACAGGGUCCACGAGGUCCACCAGGCCCUAAAGGACCUCCAGGUGAAGGACUGCCUGGAUCAAAGGGGGACCAAGGUUUGCCAGGAGAAGUUGGAGCUCCAGGAGAAAGGGGAAUUGGAGAACCAGGACCAAAAGGUGAACCUGGCUUCUCUGGAUUGGCGGGUCUCCCCGGUCUUCCAGGAGAAGAUGGUGCUCCAGGACAAAAGGGUGAACCAGGAGCGCCAGGUCCACGAGGGGCUGAAGGUGCUGCGGGCAUUGGAAUUCAAGGAGAGAAGGGUGAUAUAGGUCAGAGGGGACUACAAGGUUUGGUUGGUCCACCUGGAGUAGCAGGACCAAUGGGACCAAAGGGUGAACCUGGUGUUCUGGGGCGCCCAGGAAUGCCAGGCCUUCCAGGACGUGGCAUUAUGGGACUUAAGGGUGAUCCAGGUCCCCCUGGCCCUGUUGGCCCUGUGGGUGAAACUGGAGUUGGAAUUCUUGGCCCAAAGGGUGAUCGUGGCCUCCCAGGACCACCAGGGCCAUUUGGACAAAAAGGAGAUGGAUACCCAGGAGCACCUGGGUUGCCAGGCCUCCCAGGGCCUGCAGGUGAACAGGGGCCUAUCGGAAUUGGAUUCCCAGGGACUAAGGGUGAUCCAGGAGCAAGAGGCCCAAGUGGUCUACCUGGACCACCAGGAGAAGGGAUUCAAGGUCAAAAGGGAAUAUCCGGGAGACCAGGACCACCUGGUCCUCAAGGGCCUCCAGGUGAAGGCAUUCAGGGACCUAAGGGGGACAUUGGUGUUCAAGGUUUGCCAGGGCCUCGUGGACCACCAGGUGAAGGGUUCAUGGGACCUAAGGGUGACCGUGGUCUUUUGGGAGAAAGAGGACAAAAGGGAGGGAAAGGAGAUGUGGGUGAUUCUGGCUCUCCUGGUUUGCCUGGUAGACCUGGAGCAAAGGGUGAUCCUGGAUUAACAAGAGAGGACAUCAUCAGAAUGAUAAAGGAAAUCUGUGGUUGUGGAAUUAAAUGUAAAGAAAGACCAAUGGAACUUGUCUUUGUGAUUGAUAGUUCAGAGAGUGUGGGUCCAGAUAAUUUUGAAAUCGUAAAAGAUUUCGUCACUGCACUCGUUGACAAAGUCACGGUUGGUAGAAAUGCCACCCGAAUUGGUCUUGUGCUCUACAGCUUGGAAGUACGAUUAGAAUUUGGUCUAAGUCGACACCUUACACAGCAAGAUGUCAAACAGGCAAUCAGGAAAAUGCUAUACAUGGGAGAAGGCACACAUACUGGAACUGCCAUUCGCAAAGCAACACAGGAGGGAUUCUAUGGAGCUCGGCCUGGUGUGAAGAAAGUUGCUAUAGUAUUAACAGAUGGACAGGCAGACAGAAGGGAGACUGUUAAACUGGAUGUUGCUGUACGUGAGGCUCAUGCUGCAAACAUAGAGAUGUUUGCAAUUGGUAUUGUAAAUACCACAGACCCAACUCAAGCUGAAUUCUUACGUGAGCUGAACCUGAUUGCUUCAGAUCCUGAUACUGAGCAUAUGUACCUCAUUGAUGAUUUCAAUACCCUUGCAGCUCUGGAAUCAAAAUUGGUCAGACAGUUCUGUGAAGAUGAAAAUGGUGCAUUGAUUUACAAUCGUGUCAGAAAUGGAGUAAUAACAAACAGAAGUCCAUUAUAUUACGUUCCUAGUCCUACACAUAGCAGAAAUGAAUUUGAGUUAAGUUCUCCAAAACCUACACAAACAAUUGCAUCUGGGAAGAUGAAAAUAACUGUGCAAGUCAAGCCAUCUCUAUCUGGAUCCAUCUCAAUAGGAAAGUCUUCAAAGGUCUCUAAACAGCUGAAUCAAAAUCCAGAAGCACAUGAUAAGGAGAAAGAGGACUACAAGUUUCGGGUUCUGUCAACUACUUCAAAGGGUGGUAGCUACAUCUCAACCAGUCAACAAGUUCCAGGUCUACACUCUCAACUGGUUAAACCAGUGAAAGAAUCCACAUUGUCAAUAUCCCCAACAGUAAAAAUAACAGUUUCAGACCCUCUCUGUCAACUCCACUUGGACCAAGGAACAUGUCGUGACUAUGUAAUUAAAUGGUAUUAUGACAAACAGGCCAAUGCUUGUGCACAGUUUUGGUACGGUGGCUGCAAUGGAAAUGCUAAUCGUUUUGAUACUGAAGACAAAUGCAGGAAGACCUGUGUAGUUUCCAGUGCAGAAUCCUGAUGUGAGUACCAGAAAAAUUGUAAUUCAGCAAGACUUAAUGAGGCAGAGGAAGAAGACAGAAAAUGACCAUUGUGCAUUUGAUACAUUAUGAACAAUAUUAUAUUUUGGUAGUUAUGCAUUAGAUUCAAAUUAUAUAAAGAUGUUAAUACAAA